CCGUCCUCUCAAUCCUUUCUUCUCUCCCCCAAAAGCAAAACCCCCCCCUGAAUUUCUGUCUCACUUUCCUUCUCGUUUGCCUUUCCUUUUUUUUUCUCCCCUAUUUAUUCUCUUCGCUUAUCGGUUUCCUUUGUAAAAACAAACAAUGGCCCAAAGAGCCGAGAACGAAGAAACCGAGUUCAAGGUACCCGAAACGAUGACGCUUUGCAUCAAUAAUUGUGGUGUUACAGGAAAUCCAGCCACCAACAACAUGUGUCAAAAUUGCUUCACAGCCACAACAACGACCACCGUCGCUCUCACUGGUUCCCAAUCGUCGAGAUCCGCGUCGUCCCGUUCGUCAAACAAGCGAUCUGAGUGUUCCUCGCUCAAAACGGCGCCGUUUUUACGGGCAUCGGGUACGGAGAAGAAGGCGGUGAACCGGUGUUCCGGUUGCAAGAGGCGAGUCGGGUUGACCGGGUUUCGGUGUCGAUGCGGCGAACUUUUCUGCGCGGAUCAUAGGUAUUCGGAUCGACACGAUUGCAGCUACGAUUACAAGACGGUGGGACGCGAGGCGAUCGCGAGGGAGAAUCCGGUGGUUAAAGCGGCGAAGAUAAUCAAAGUCUGAAUUACUCUUUCUUUUUUCCACCUGGAAAUUUUAGCUGAGCUGUGCAGAUGGAUUCUGGAUCUGGAAGACCGUUUCAAAAUAUCAAAUCAAGAGAUUCACGUCAAGAUUGUUGAAGAUGAAGGAGAUGAUUCUCUCUUCCAGUUCCUUCUUUUUCAUUUCACUUUCUGGAAAGAAAAAAAAAGAAUUGAAGAAUCA